GUAUGUCUUUCUUGAAAAAAUGCUGUUUAAUACUGUGUGAAACCGAAGAUCCCAGCAAUGAUGUUUUUGUUCGUGUUGUUUAUUUCAUACCCCUCCUCUUUCAAUUUACUAGUGAACUCUGGCUAACAAAUCAAAUGGCUUCUAUUUUUCAUGGACUGGGAGGACCAAGAUACUUAACAACAUCAAACAAGUUUCACUUCCCAUCUUGCAAAACUCUGUCAGCUGGUUCUCCACAAUCCUUUUCUCAAUUGGCUUCAAUACUUCCUCCUCGAUCAAGCUCUGGUGACCGAAACUUUUUCAAGAAACAAGUGAACGGGGGUGGGUUCAAGGUAGAAAGCAAGAGGGUUGCUCAUUUGAAACCUAAAAAUCGCACCAUGGAAAAGGAGGUUGCAAGUGUGGAGGCCACCGUGCCCAGAGUUGGUGUGGUUGUGUUCGUUUUGAAGGGCAAAUCUGUGCUCUUGGGCCGCCGGCGCGCCAACAUUUGUGACUCUGCUUUCGCUCUCCCUGGUGGCCACCUCGAGUUUGGCAAGUCUUUCCAUUAGUUAUAGAAUUUGUUAAGGCAUUCAUAUCUUAUAUUCAUUCAAAAACUGACAAACUAAUUCCCAAAUACUAAGUGAAAAUUCAUCUAAUUAGCUCAUCUUUUAGGUCUUGAUGAAAUGCUAAGAGUACUUCACAU